AUGCAGGACGCUGGAAUGUUGAUACUGCGCCCGGUAGUCCAAGACGCCAUGUUCUUCUCACUGCUGAACCGCGACGUCCGUAUGAGCAUAUACGACUUUCUGUAUGGAUGGCUUCCUCCAUUACCGUACAGGAAGCGCUGGCAGAAAGAAGAAGAUUGUCGUGGUAUGAUGCUGGCUUGUAAGCAGGCCAACCUGGAACUUUCUGAAGCAGCGGCUCGUCACCUAAAAGUAUUCUUCGAUGAGUUCUCCAACGACUUUGAGCAAGAGUGUGGGCAUCCCAUCAGCCUCUACGGAAAUAUCCCGCUUCACCAGGGAUGGAAGGCGCUGCAAUCCGUCACAUUCACCCUGGACAUCAGCUUCUUCGAUGAGGCUCUCGCUGAGCUUGCGAUGAUACCCGAGGCUGAGAAAGAUAAUUGGCGUCACGGGGAGGUGGCGCAGAAGCUCACACUCAACGCCAGUGAAGACUGGGAUAGUCACAAAAUCUCCGAAUGGCGUGCACUCCUGCUUCAUCCGUUCGACAAGGUCACCUUAUUGAUCACCGAUGCGUCCAAGGAUGUCGACGACCUUACGAGCACCCAUAUCGAAAAGUAUCUCAGCGUUAUCGGCAUGUUGCGAGACAGCUUAGACGGAAUGGGCGAAAACUGCGGGCACGACUGGCUCAUGUUCCAAAACUCUCUAGACUGGGACGCCAUCUGUGAAACAGAAUAUGGCGAUCCACCCGCUCGCUUUUUCAACAAGUACGACGAGUUCGACGAUACGCCAAAGCGGAAGUGGUACAAGACCGCAGAGCUCUUCCGCUUUGCGCGAGUGCAGCACGAGCGACUAAGCAAUAGGGGCUCGAGGAAAUAUGUCGAGAAACAAGCUCUCCGCGACUAUAUUAGAACGGGCCAACGUAUUCAGACCAAACAAAUCAACUUCGCCUGGAACUUCCUGCCUAGUACUACGCCGGCUCCCGAGAAACUUGUUGGUAAGAUGCACACCUAUACCGCCCAACACGCGGGGCAAAUGCGUAGGAAAGAUCAGCUCCGCGAGCUCAAAUAUGAAAACCAGUGGCCGCACAAGUACGAGGUGGCUGCUGCGGAUGGACUUAUCGGCGAGAUGGGCAUUCGGCAUCCCAAGCGCUGGGUCCUGGCGAGUGAGGAGUAUACUGAGUACUAUGGUAUGAUGGGGCAGUUGAAAGAGGCGGAAGAUGUGGAGAGCAAGGGUAUUGGAAUGCCGCUGUGGAGGGCGAGGCCAAAGGUUAAGAAGGGGGAGGGUGAUGGAACAGCUGAGGAAACUGCUGAGGUAGAAGCUGAGGAGGAGAUUGACGAAGAUGUUCAGGAGGAAGUUAAGGAAGACGUUGUAAUCGAGGUCGAGGAGGAGAUGGAAGAAGAGUCUGAGUCUGAGUCUGAAUCUGAGUCUGAAGAUGACGGUGACGAAGAUGACGAAGAUGAUGACGAUGAAGAUAGCGAAGACGACGAGGAUGAUGAAGAGGAUGAUGACGAAGAGGAAGAUCAAGCUGAGAUUGAGGACGAGGAUGGACCCGGCUUCCAGGCUGUGAUUCGCGGUGGGAAACAAACCAAGAUACCGGAUUACUGGAAAAAGGCGUAG